AUGGAAGGCUACGGUUUCCUGGCGGAGGCAGCGACAGUCGGAGUGUGGAAAUGGUUUAUCCUGGUGUUCAGCUGCCUGGUCCUCUCUGUGUUCUCAACCAUCCCGGCUCAUCAGGACUUCUCCUCCUACUGUCUGCUCAUUCUGGAGUUUGUGAUGAUUGUGGUGUUUGGCUUGGAAUACAUCAUCCGUAUCUGGUCGGCAGGAUGCUGCUGUCGCUACAGAGGGUGGCAGGGACGACUCCGCUUUGCCAGGAAGCCUUUCUGUGUUAUCGAUAUCAUAGUCCUGAUAGCAUCGGUGGCGGUGGUGUCAGCAGGAAGCCAGGGCAACAUCUUUGCCACGUCGGUGCUGCGGAGCCUGCGUUUCCUGCAGAUCCUACGCAUGGUGCGAAUGGACCGAAGAGGAGGCACCUGGAAGCUUCUCGGCUCUGUGGUCUACGCACACAGCAAGGAACUGGUAACUGCCUGGUACAUCGGAUUCUUGGUUCUCAUCUUCUCUUCGUUCCUCGUCUAUCUUGUGGAGAACAAGUUCAACAAGGACUUUGCUACCUACGCUGAUGCUUUGUGGUGGGGAACGAUCACCCUGACAACCAUUGGUUAUGGGGAUAAGACACCAAAGACGUGGACAGGACGGAUGCUGUCUGCAGGGUUUGCCCUCCUGGGAAUCUCCUUCUUUGCCUUGCCAGCUGGUAUUCUGGGCUCAGGCUUUGCCCUGAAGGUCCAGGAGCAGCACAGACAGAAGCACUUUGAGAAAAGGAGAAACCCAGCUGCCUAUCUCAUCCAGUGUGUUUGGCGUAGUUAUGCGGCUGAUGAGAACUCGGUUUCCAUUGCUACCUGGAAGCCUCACUUGAAGGCGUUGCAUACCUGCAGCCCUACAAAGAAGGAGCAGGGAGAGUCGACCACAAGUCAGAAAUUGAGCUUCAAGGAGCGUGUGAGGAUGGCGAGCCCCCGAGGUCAGAGCAUCAAGAACAGGCAGACGUCUUCAGUGAACGAUCGGCGGUCUCCGGUGGCUGAGGCUGGGACAGAGGGCACCAGCCCUGCCAAGGUACAGAAGAGCUGGAGCUUCAACGACCGCACGCGGUUCAGACCCUCACUCCGCCUUAAGAGCCAGUCGCGCUCCACCACUGAUGCAGCAGACUCCAACAUGGCAGCGGAGGAUGGCUUUGAUGACAAAGGCUGUCACUGUGAGAUCUCAGUGGAGGACUUGCUGCCCUCGGUCAAAUGUGUCAUUAGAGCCGUCAGGAUAAUGAAGUUUCAUGUAGCCAAGAAGAAGUUUAAGGAGACCCUGCGUCCUUAUGAUGUCAAGGAUGUGAUUGAGCAGUAUUCUGCCGGUCAUUUGGACAUGCUGUGUCGCAUCAAGAGUCUGCAGACCAGGCUGGACAUAAUAGUAGGCCCACAGCCUCUGAGCAACCGAGCCAAGACCUUUUCCUCCCCCUCCCUGCCUGUUUAUUACAGCCAGGGCAGAAAGAACUCCACUCAGGGAGUGGACCAAAUCCUCGGGAAAGGCCAGAUUCCCCUCGAUAAGAAGAUUCGUGAGAAGCUGCUAUCUGAUGGAGAUAUUUUAGAGGACAUGAGCAUGCUGGGUCGCGUCUGUAAGGUGGAGAGGCAGGUUCAGUCUAUUGAGUCAAAGCUCGAUUCACUGCUCGACAUAUAUCGUCAGGUUUUGCGCAAAGGCUCAUCUUCAGCCCUCACACUCUCCUCUCUGCCCCUGUUCGAGUUAGAACAAACAUCUGACUAUCACUCUUCAGUUUUCAGCAAGGACCUGUCCUGCUCCACCCAGGUCAGCAGCAGCGGGGGGCCUCCCCCUGGUGGCUGUGUCACACACUCCUCCACCAACUCCCAGCUCUCCCAGGGAGGACUCCAUCUCAUCCUGGGACCACCUAACGAGCUCAACCUUAAUCUCAAUGCCUCCUCUUCCCCUGGCCUCGGAUCCUCCUCUUUUAGCCCGUCACCACUGCCUCAUCACCAUCAUCAUCACCACCAUCGUCAUCCUCAUCAUCCCCACCAUCCCCACCAUCAUCAUCCCCAGGCUCAGGCCAUCACCCCUGAAAGUGGUACUGAUGAGGCUGUCGGGAGCUCUCCGUCCAUCCUCACCCCAAAUAGUAUCAGCAGUUGUGGGGGUGGAGGAGUUGGAGAUGGAGGGUUUCCUUUUCUGGCGAGGCUUCCACCACCACCGCCUCCCAGUCGAAGUGGGGGGCUGAGCAACUUGCCACGAGUAACAUCCACAGAAGUGUCCCCUGACAUGGAGGACUUUUGUGGAAGUUUAGGGAUGCAGAUGGAGGACAGCAGUGUUGGGGAUCACCUUGGCCUUGGGUGUUCUCUGGGGAGACUGGGGCAGAAACUACAGGGUAGUACCAACAGCAAUGGCAGGCUAAAUACAAAGGAGGAGGGCUCCUGGAGGAGACAUAUGAGCCUGGAGCUGCAGCCCCUGGUGCCCCCAGCCAUGGGCUGCUGCUCUGGCCCCAGCCAGAUGGACCGAGGCUUGGGCAAGUCCAUGUCAGUGCAGGACCUGAUGCAGGCAGCACCAGGGACUGUCCAGGAUGCCCACCAUGGCCACAGCCUCUCAUCUCCAAGCCCCAGUACGAGCAGUGACUCCCCAAUUGGCUUCCACAGCUGUAGCCAAGACCCUGGGGGAGAAGGAGGUGGUGGUGGUGGUGGUAUAGGCAGGAGUGGUGGAGGUGGAUGGGGUGACACGGACCUCUUUAUCAGCGACAGGGACCUUGAGGCACAGGGAUUUGACUUCCUGUCACUCGGGACUACUGAGGCCCACACCUACUCCUCGGAGCUCCUGAGGACAGAGGGCAGAGCAGGGGCAGGGUCCCAAGGCUCUAACCGCAACCUAUCCAGCGGUCACACAUCCUCACCCUCUGCUGGCAACACAGAAUUGCUGAACAUGCCACACGUGCGGCUAAAAUAA